AUGACGUUAAGUGUCGUAAUCGUUGAUGAUCAUCACCAUUGUCUACUAGAUAUUCAUCUUGCAAUUCGUCAACGUCUCUUACCGUUUUCUAAUAUCCACGUGCUACACGUUGAUGCUCAUCCAGACUUAUCCUUUCCCACUACAAUUGACACGACUGUUAUUUUUCAGCCAGAAAGAUUCUAUAAUGUACUGGAAAAUUCCGUUGCUGGUAUUGCAGAAUUUCUAUUGCCUUUAGUAUUCCCAGGUCACGUCAGUCAAAUUACGUGGUUAAAACCUUCAUGGGCGAUGCAAAUCCCAAUUGGAACAUUCAAACAACUGGCAAUUGGAAAGCGUCAAGCAAAUGGUACAAUGGGAGUAACGAGUGAGCUACCACAUUUCAUUCAAGACGGACUAUUUUGUCCAGUGGAAGAUCUGAAUGCGUCUACUCUUCAACUCUGGGAUCUAUUUGUUACGGAGACCAACUCGUCAAAUUAUGCGACUGCAGUAGCGACUGAUGCCGUGGUCAAUGCUCGACAGCAUACUAAGGGCUACAUCCUUGACAUUGAUCUUGACUAUUUCUCCACCUGGAAUCCGUUUCGCAAAGACUUGGAAGCGCGUAUUGGAAACGCAGCUGUGAAAACGGUGACACAAGUUUUUUCAUGUCUUCGCUACAAGCAAGCUUCUUGGAGGGAUAUGGCAGCUACGCGCCGCAACUCGGAGUGGAAAACAUUCUGUAAGCUUAUUAAACGACUUGAGGCGGCUGAUGCAAUGGAAAACACCACUACUUGCAGGUCAGAAUGGGCGCAAGUUCGAAGUAAACUCAUGUUGUUGUACGCAGAACAAAUUGAUGCCGAAAAGCUCCUUGGCGAGUUCGAACAAGUGCUGGAAAAUUAUCGAGUUGACAAGUCAACACGACGCGAGAUUUGGACAGCAGGACCUUUUCUUGAUUUACCGCAUCACGAAAGCUCCCACAACGAGAUUGAGCGCAUGAUCAGCGAGCUGGAGCAAUUUCUUCGGACGCAUGCACUGGACGAAGACAAUCCCCCAGCCAUUGUGACAAUCGCUAAAUCAACUGGCGAUGAGUACUUGCCUAAAUAUCAAUUAGAUGCAAUCUUGCCUAGUGUGCUUCAGAUGCUCGAGCGAGUUUAUGGAGAGUUGGCGACAAGACAUGUCGAGUAUGAGUCAUGA